AUGGCGUGCAUAAUUGCCGUCUUUUCCCACUACGAAAUCACCAAAUCGGUCAUCGAAGCAGGUAAAGAUGUCUAUGUCGAGUGGCCGCUAGGCGUAUCUACCGCGCAGGCGCAGGAACUCACGCAGCUAGCAAAGGAUAGGGGCAUGCAGGUCUUUGGCAGCGCUUGUACCGGCGAGACUGGCGUCAAAAUCGACAAACGAUACAGCUACUUCAAGGAUCGCGACAUCGAUCGUGUUGGGCACACCUUCGAGCCCUUGGCCAAGCUACAAGGAGAGCCGCAAUCAGUGUCAGCCCAGCUACGGACGACGUGGCCUACGGUCGAUGUUCUAGUUGGAGACAAGGUCAUUCAGUCACAAGUUCAAAAGACUGCAGACGAUUACGCCUCGCUUCAAGGAACCACCAAGUCAGGUGUCACUUACACCUACACUCUCCGUGGUGGUGAUGCGUUUAGCGAUGGCGAGGGACUGGUGUGGGACAUCAUAGGCGACAAAGGCCAGAUACGAGUCACCGGAAGCACCAUCAUGUCUAACAUGGGUGCCGAGGAUUACAAAAUAAGACUCAAAAAGCAUGCCACUGGGCUGAUUGAGGAGCUGCCUCUUGAUAAGCGACUGGAUCUGCCACUCGUUUCGCAGAAUGUUGGACGUGUGUAUGAAGGUUUUUCAGAUGAGGGAGCACACCCAACGUUCGAUGAUGCAGUGCAGAGACAUCAAUAUCUGGACGCAGUGUUCAAAUCUGCUUCAAAUAAUGGUGCCCAGGUCAUCACAUGA